ACAACUUACCCUUUUGGCUUCACUAGUUUACCCUUUUGGCAUCUAAUCGUCCCUUUGUUCUUAUGAUCUUGAAGAUUAUAAAAGCAAUCUAAAACCCAUACAAGAAAUUCCAGUAGCUGAAAUGGGUUUUACUGGGAAUGGGAUCUGAUUCUGAAAUAGGUGCCCGUUUUGUUAAUUCCUUGAAGAGCUAUCUUUCGAGAUGGGGUGUUGGAGAUUUUUGGGUGCAAAGGUUAGUGUGGAAUGCAAGGACAGGGAAACAUUUUAAGGUCGCGUACCACAUCAAUGGUGUGACAGAUGCAACUGGAACUUGCAGGAUCACAGUUGCAGAUGAUCACGAGGAGCUCUGUGAGUCGGUUCUCAUUAGUAGCCCUCAGACCAACUGCACAGCCAAGACACUAGGGCGUGACAGGUCUCGUGUCAUCCUCACCAACAACAAUGGAAUCAUCUCCAACAUCCGUCACGACAACGCCAUGGGAUUCACGAAGGAUUCUGCUCUCUGGUUGGACCCAACUCCUCAAGCAAUACUAGGAACGUGACGAGUAGACGAACUUAAGCUUCAAAAUUCCAUUUUUCUUUUACAGUUAUUAUGGUAUUGUUCAUCCUAGACGCAGUUCAUCUUCUAGUGGACUAAGUGGACUUGCGUACCUGUACCAGAUCCAAACUAACAACCCUUUUGCCCGAA